UGCCACAGUAAUAGCCUUAAAUAGAAGGCUGUCUCCCCUCUGACUCACUUGCUCAGUCCCCCAAAGCUGUGCUUUCCUUCUCUCUCUCUCCGUGGAUCGGAACACCAGAUAAAGCCAAGACAUGUCUAAGUCUAAGCUGGAGACGGCCAUUGUGUCCAUCGUGGAGGUGUAUGAGGAGUAUGCCCAGAAGGACGACCAGAAGUUCCAGCUGAGUCAGGCGGAGCUCAGAGAGCUGCUCGAGAAAGAGCUAAACAGCCCAGAGUUGCAGGGAAAAGUGGACCCCGAGGACAUCGAGGAGGCCAUGGGCAAGCUGGACAAGAACCAUGACGGCAACGUGAACUUCGGAGAGUUCUCCCGGAUGGUGGCCGUCCUGGCCCGUGGCCUGUGGCGCGCCAAGACCGGCAAGGGCAAGAAGAAGAAGUAAAGAAGGGAACAAGUGAAAGACGAGGGAUAGACGAGGGAAAGCGGGGCUGAUGGCAACUCACAGAGAUGUACAUAAUCUAUCGUUAAACGUGGUCUUACAGUGAGCCUGAAGCCUGUUUUCUUGAAAUGUACAUUGCAAAAUACUUGCUUGUGUCAAUAAAGUUUACAUUUGAUUACAGUUGU